AUGGCCUCCAUCUUCACUUUUGAUCCAGACCCGCCGCGGGUCGCCUCGCCGUGGUCGACUCCGCGCUCAGUGACGCCGCGCGAGCCGUCUCGACCCGGCCUGUCAACCCAUCCGCCCGGCGCAUCCUUCGCCACGGGUGGCGCACUUGAGCCAAGGGCUGUGCUUGAAUCAGACCGUGCUGUCACCAAGUUGGACGCAGAGCCCCAGGAAGGCCCUACCGAGUACAAACUACACCUUCUGCUGCGCCCACGGCGAUCCUUCACCACGUCGACAACCGCUCGUCACGUGGCGGGGUCGCAUCGUUCGAGUCUCGGAGUUCCAACACCUCACAGUGUCUCCGAGACGGCCGUAUCGCGCACUCCCGCCAGCACUCCUCCGCGAGCCACAUCCAGCCAAUCACGCCAGCAUCGUCUGGAACAGCUGACCACGCAGCUGCUGUGGCGGCUGCAGCAAUCGUCACCAUACCAUUCCACGUCGGCCAAUGAGCUUGUCGUUCCGCAGUUGCCUGAAGCAGCCGAGCAACUCAGGGCACCGCCUUCUCUUGCAAGGUUGCUCCCGGGAUUGGAAGAAAGCAAAGGUGCAUUGUACGAGAUUGGCGUUGCCGACGAUGGCACUUUUGUGGGGCUCGCCGACGAUGAAAUGGCCGAGAGCUUGACCAAUCUACGCGCCAUGGCAGCCAGCCUCGGUUGUACCGUCAAGGUCCUGCGCAUGAUCCCCGUGGGCGAAUGCGCUUGGACCGACGAGAUCGACGAGACGGCGCACAGUGGCAAGCUUUGGGUUGCAGAAGCUUUCAUCAAGCCAGAGGUCAACAGCCCGCAGGCUCCAGGCCCUGCUGCUGUUGCUGCUGCUGCACAGAACCACCAUGUCGCGCAGCCACUUUCGCACAUCAGCCUUGAUGACAGCACUUCCGCAUCCGAGCAGCUCCGUGUCUCCCUGACCGGAGCAACCAUGUCUGGCAAGUCCAGCCUGCUUGGAAGCUUGUCCACCGCAACCUUGGACAAUGGAAGGGGCAAGUCUCGACUCAGCUUACUGAAACACAGACAUGAAAUUGCCUCUGGAAUGACUAGUUCGGUCACUCAGGAGCUCAUCGGCUACACCGAGUCGUCCGAUGGCUCAGGUAGUGUGAAUGUGAUCAACUAUGCUUCGGGCAAUGUUGAUUCCUGGAACGAUGUUCAUGCGGCUUGCCAGUCCAGCCGCCUGGUCUUUCUUUCCGAUUCUGCUGGCCACCCGCGUUACAGACGGACUACUGUCCGCGGUCUGAUGGGCUGGGCCCCGCACUGGACGUUGCUAUGUGUGCCAGCAGACAACGAUGAGGAUACUUCUGGCAGGGUCGGUAGUACUCCGUCAUCCGAAGAGGUUCUCGGCGCCGCCGCCGCUGACGUCGACCUCUCGGAGGCGCAUCUAGAGCUUUGUCUCAAGUUGGAACUGCCGCUGAUUGUUGUGGUUACUAAACUCGACCUAGCUUCGAAAAGCGGGAUAAAGAAGACUUUGUCCAAGCUGCUUACAUUUUUGAAAAAGGCUGGGAAGAAGCCGCUAAUCAUACCUGAUUCCUCUACAACGGUAACGGAGGAUGAUCUCGCUGUCGUACCAGUUUCAGACCUCGAGCUCGUGCGAGCCAAGGUUACAAACGAGCUGUCGCACGACCCUCUUGUUGUCCCGAUCGUGUUGACUAGCGCUUUGAGUGGUAUGGGCAUUCGCAAGCUGCAUGCCAUUCUACACCAAAUAUCCAUUCCUUCAGCGCCGACGACGUCGACCGAAAAUGGACAUGCCACGCAUCCACGCUCUCCUCCAAGUUCCAAGAGCAACACCCCACUCGCUACACUCUACCACGUCGAAGAUGUUUGGAGACUCAACUCCAAUGACGACGCUACACCCGAGACCUCCGAAAUCUCCAUUGUGAGCGGCCGUCUCGAUUAUGGUACCCUUCACCUUGGUGAGGAACUCCUGCUCGGCCCGUACCCGGUUGGCAACAUCGCAGCAGUCACACUAGCUACCGAGGACGGUAGUGACAGCAGCGGUUCCCCUGGCGCUCCUUCGAGGCCAAGCGCCGCCGUCACUCCAACAAGCCGCUCUUUCCCCGGUGCUCUCUACCAAAACUUGACCCUCCCGUAUCACCGAGCGUCCUCCCGCGCGCCCAAGCAGCACGAGUGGCGCCGCGUCCGCAUCACGAGCAUGCGAAACCUGCGUCUGCCCGUCCGAACCCUGUUCGCAGGGCAGGUCGGCUCGCUCGGGGUCCUUCCGCUCGACGACAACAACACGCCCAACGCCGCCCCGGGAGCAGCAGCAGCAGCAGCCCUGUCUUCAUCGACAUCCUCUUCCAGGGCCGGCACAGCAGCAGCCACAGCGGCGCUACAAGGUCGCAUCCGCAAGGGCAUGGUGCUCGUCCGCCCGGUCGGCGGGAUCGGCAACCCGCCGCAAUCCUGCCGCGCCUUCGUCGCCCGCUUUGCGGGAGAGGGCGUGCGAAGCCUGAUCGUGGGCAGCCUGGCCGUCACGUACAUCGCCAGCGUCAGGGCGAGCGCGAAAGUCAUCGCCAUCGCAAUCGACGACGGCGGCGGCGGCGACGGGAAGAAGCGGCGGAAAGCGCAGAAAGACGGCAGCGGUGCCGAGGCGAACGGGAAGGAAAGGGACGGGGGAGACGACGCGUUCGGCUUCGCGUUUGACGAGAGCGAAGACGGAGACGAGGAAGCGAGCGGCGGCGAGGCGGACGACGUUGACAGGGACGGCGGCGGCGGCGGCGGCGAAAGCGACGAGGGCACGCUCGUGACUUUCCAGUUCGUGGCGACGCGCGAGUUCAUCGAGGUGGGGGCGCGGGUGUUGGUGAUGGAGGGUGGCAGAAGGCAGAGGGAGGUGGCAGACAGGUCCGAGAGGAGCGUGGUGGGUCUGGAGGGCUUCGCCGGCAAGGUGGUCGAGUGGUUUGGAUGA